AGAAGAGAAAUGCUGGUAAUAACAAGAUUGAUGACGUCAUGACAGUUAGUUCUAACUUCUAACGCGAUAUCGUGCUGGAUCAGCCCGGUUUCGUAAUUACGAAACUACCCCUCUGCCAUUUUCAUCUACCUUCCUCCCCGGCAUUGCUCUCACCAUUGUUUCACAAACCAAAAGAAGAAACAAGAUACGAAGGCUUUGUAUCGUCCGAAAUGUCGCUGGAGAUAUUGGCCACUCACAGCAGCUCUGUUUUUGUGGCCCCUGUGGACCAUACCAAUGAAAAAGUUGAAGCGGUUCCCUCCUCUACAUCUCCACAUAAUUGGAGUCCUCAUUUUUCAAACGUACGAACAGUUAAGGUUAGCAACAUAUCACUAACUACUAGCACAAUGGAUAUAGGAGAAUUCUUCUCAUUUUCAGGUGAAAUUCAAUACAUAGAGAUGCAAAGGGAAAAUGAUCAUACCCAGGUUGCUUAUGUUACCUUUAAGGAGACACAGGGAGCAGAAACAGCAGUUCUCUUGACGGGUUCCAAGAUUGGUGAUCUAUAUGUCACAAUCACACCGGUGGAGAACUAUCAGCUGCCCCCUGAAGCUCUUGCCUCAACUGUGACAGACCAAACUCCUACCACAGUUAUGAAGGCUGAAGACGUGAUGAGCACGAUGCUUGCCAAGGGUUUCAUCUUAGGAAAGGAUGCAAUCACGAAGGCAAAAGCCUUCGAUGAACGUCAUAACUUGUCCUCAAAUGCUUCUUCCACUGUUGCUUCCAUUGAUCGUAAGAUUGGUCUAAGUGAUAAAUUAAGCAUUGGAACAGCUAUUGUAAAUGAAAAGAUGAGAGAUCUGGACGAAAGAUAUCGCGUCUCUGAAAAGACAAAGUCUGCUUAUGCUGUUGCUGAGCAAAAGGCUAGUGUUGCUGGAUCUGCUAUCAUGAGCAAUCAUUAUGUAUUAACUGGAGCUUCAUGGUUCUCAAGUGCCUUUUCUGCUAUAGCUAAGGCAGCAGAGGAUGUUAGCACAAAGACCAAAGAGAAGGUUGAGCAAGCCGAGGUGCAAAAGAAAGAAGCCAUUAUCAAUGAAAGGAAAGGAACUGUUGAUGAGUUUGCAAAGAUGCACUUGGAGUCGGAUGCUGGCCCUGCAAUAGUUCCUGUUAAUUCUGGUGAUGACAGUAAGCACAGGGUUCUAUAAUAUGAGCUGAUUCACAAUGCCUUACCUUCACACGAGUCACACGACCACAGUUGGAUUGAUCUAGCACAGUUAUAUAUUGUCAGUCUUCAAUGCAAGUCUGUUGUAUGAUGAUAAGUCUUGUUGAUUGUUUUUAUUAAUGUAAAGGCUUAUCUGAUAGAUGUCAUUCUUAAAUAUGAUCGAUAUUCAUAAUAAAUGAUUAAUUGUUACUA